AUGGAUGAGCGAUGCAUCAUCUUUGAAGAUGAGGAGGAGAAUAAGCUUGAGUACACUGUCUGCCACAAUGAGUACAAGGACUUGACAGAUAACCUUUGGGUCGCACACCUUAUGGAGAUUGAUGUCACCAACGAACAGUUUGAGCAGUUCUGCCAGACGGGCUUGUCAACCAAUCCCAUGCUGCACAAAGUGCUGGUGGAGCAGCUCCUGAGCGUCGACGACUUCUUGAUCUUCAAGGCGAUGAUGACCAAGAGGAAUGCUGACCUCUACCGGGAGGCAGAGAGGCGGGCAGAGGCCGGCCUGCUACAGGAUGACUUCCAUGAGACCACCGUAGAGGAUGAUGAGGCGGACCUGGCAGCAGAGGUUGGCGCCGCUGCCUUGCUGGGGGACGAGUGGAAGCUCUACGAGGACCAGCUCUUCCAGGCGUUGGAGGAGAGUCAGAAGGACGACGAGGCCCUUGCCAGGCAGCGACAACGGGAGGAGGAGGAUAUGGAGCGAGCCAUUGCACUUUCACUGCAGGCGGAGCAGGAGCAGCGCGAUCCGGAUCCUCUCGACCCGCAGGCGGCCUCCUCCUCAGCGCCGGUGCCUCCAGUCCCAAGUGACCAGCCGGCGGCAUCUGAGCUGCCGCCUUUGAAGCCGUCGUCUCUGGGGCCUUUGAGGCCGGUGAUCCCUCGGGUCAUGCGAGUGGCCCCCAUGAACUCUCGGCCAGGGACGGCCGCCUCUGUGGCGCCUGAGGCGCCGCCGCAGGCGCCGGCGCCGGCGCCGGCGCCGGAGGUGGCGGAGCUGGACACCUCGGCCCCGCCGCCGCCGCCGCCGCCGCAGCCGACGGAGGAGGAGCGCCGCGCGCGAGCGGAGCACCUCAAAAGGCAGCGGCAGCUGCUGGUGGAGAAAAGGAACAAGGAGAGACAGAAGCAGCUGGAGCUCUCAGCCGUGAAGCGCCGGCCAGCUGACCAGGCGGUGGGCCCCGCGGCGCCGGCGGCGCCCACCUUGGUGCAGGAGCUCAGCGGGGAGCAGCCGAAGCCGGAGCCCAGCGCGGCGGCAGCGGCAGCUCAGAUGCGGCAAGCCCUGGCUUCGCAACUGAAGCAGACGCUGAGGGGCGUUUGA